CUGUUGUUGUGACUGAGAGGUGAAAUGGCGCAGAAAGGAGCUCAGCUGGACCGGGAAACUUUCUCUUGUUCCAUCUGUCUGGAUCUACUGAAGGAUCCGGUGGCUACUACAUGUGGACACAGCUACUGUAUGAAGUGUAUUAAAACACACUGGGAUGAAGAGGAUAGAAAGGGAAUCUACAGCUGCCCUGAGUGCAGACAGACGUUCACUCCGAGGCCUGUCCUGCUGAAAAACACCAUGUUAGCAGUUUUAGUGGAUCACAUGAAGAAGACCGGACUCCCAGCUGCUGCUGCUGAUCUCUGCUAUGCUGGAGCUGAAGAUGUGGCCUGUGAUUUCUGCACUGGGAGAAAACUGAAAGCCCUCAAGUCCUGUCUCACCUGUCUGGUGUCAUAUUGUGAGAAACACCUUCAGCCUCAUUACGAUGUUGCUUCAUUGUCAAAACACAAGCUGGUGGAGCCCUCCAAGAAGCUCCAGGAGAACAUCUGCUCUCUUCAUGAUGAGGUGAUGAAGAUGUUCUGCCGUACAGAUCAGAAGUCUAUCUGUUAUCUCUGCUCUGUGGACGAACAUAAAGGCCACGACACGGUGUCAGCUGCAGCAGAACGGAGGGAGAAGCAGAAAGAGCUGGAGGUGAGUCGACAAAACAUCCAGCAGAGAAUCCAGGACAGAGAGAAAGAUGUGAAGCUGCUUCAACAGGAGGUACAGAACAUCAAUCGCUCCGCUGAUAAAACAGUGGAGGACGGCGAGAAGAUCUUCACCGAGCUGAUCCGUCUCUUGGAGAAAAGAAGCUCCGAGGUGAAGCAGCAGGUCAGAUCCCAGCAGGACGCCGAAGUGAGUCGAGUCAAAGAGCUUGAGGAGAAGUUGCAGCAGGAGAUCAGAGAGCUGAAGAGGAAAGACGCUGAGCUGAAGAAUCUCUCACACACAGAGGACCACAACCAGUUUCUGCACAGCUACCCCUCACUGUCAGCACUCAGUGAGUCUACAUCCAGCAUCCAGAUCCGUCCUCUGCGCUACUUUGAGGACGUGACAGCGGCUGUGUCAGAAGUCAGAGACAAACUACAGGACGUCCUGAGAGAGGAAUGGACAAAGCUCUCACUGACUGAAGUGGAUGUUUUACUGUCAGAUUCACCAGCAGAGCCCACGACCAGAGCUGGAUUCUUAAAAUAUUCAUGUGAGAUCACACUGGAUCCAAACACAGCAUACACAGAGCUGUUAUUAUCUGAGGGGAACAGAAAAGCAACAUUCAUGAGUAAUCAGUAUCAUCCAAGUCACCCAGACAGAUUCACUUAUUGGACUCAGGUCCUGAGUAGAGAGAGUCUGACUGGACGUUGUUACUGGGAGGUGGAGUGGAGAGGGAGUGGAGGUCGUGUAGCGGCUUCAUACAAGAGUAUCAGCAGAGGGAAGUCGGAUGACUCUGUAUUUGGACGCAAUGACAAAUCUUGGGCAUUAAGAUGUUACAACAACAAAUAUCAAUUUUGCUACAACAAUAUCGAAACUCCCGUCUCAGGUCCUCGGUCCUCCAGAAUGGGAGUGUACCUGGAUCACAGAGCAGGUAUUCUGUCCUUCUACAGCGUCUCCGAAACCAUGACCCUCCUCCACAGAGUCCAGACCACGUUCACUCAGCCGCUCUAUGCUGGACUUCUGCUUUUUGACAGUGAUGGAGACACUGCUGAGUUCUGUAAACUCAAAUAACCAAUGGGACAACAGGUAAAAAUGUGUUUUAACUCUUAAAAGCUUCCAUUUUGUUCACCUUUGUGGUGUUUAAUUUGAAACGUUUUAUAUCUAUAAGAGGAUAAAUUUGUAGUUUUAUGUGCUAAAACCACCUGAGUUCAGUUGUACAUCUGCUCUCUCAGCCUCCUUCUGCAGCUCCAGCAACUCAGAUCAUUUUGGGCCUGUCUCAUUAAUAUUCAUGAGCCUUUCUUCUGAUUGGCUGACAGUCUUGAGUGACACACGGCCAGGCUAACCACAGUUAACAGUUUGCAGCCUCGGUUAAACUCAACGGUGAAUGCAAAAAGACGAUGGCCACCGCUGAGGAAAAUGUUCUCAGACUUUACAUGUUAGAGCUGGAGCCAGAGGCUGAUGGUGCUUCCCUCUGACUCAAACAUGAAAUAUAUUACUGGUUCACUUACAGGUUGCAGAUUUAGAGUCGGGCACGAUAAUGUGUGUACUGCCGUAUCCUAUAGGAGCAGCUUCUUUGAGUGACAGUUUUUUAGGAAGCAGUCAGAAAAUAUAUUUUCACAGUAUUUUUAUUGCAACUUUGAUUUGAUUUUGUUUUUGGACUUCUGUGCUCGUCAUGGAUUGGCUGUAGCAAACCAUGUAUGCAUACAAGAUGAUUUAGGCAAAAAGUUGUAUUAUUAAUAAUUAUUUUUGCUUAUACUUUACCUGCUUUUUUCCUUGUUCCCUGGGUUAUUUAAUAUAUAAUCCCUAGACUAAUUGGGGUCGUAACUGAGGAUUUUCAGUCAGGAUAUAAAAUGCAUCAUAGCACAUUGGUAAAAAAAAAAAAGAAAAAAAAAAGACCAAUGACAUUUUAAUUGCUUUAGAUAAAGAGCUUGUCUCUGUACUUGUCUUGUUAGAUCUGAGUGCAUCAUUUGAUCACAUCCUAUUACUGAGACUGGAACAUUUAUAGGCAUUAAAGGAGCUGCACUAAACUGGUAUAAAUUAUCUGAUCAGUUGAUCUGAUCCACAAUGAAUCCUGCAUGCACGCAUAUGCUAGUCAUGGUGUUCCACAGGGUUCUGUGUUUGGACCAAUUUUAUUCACAUUAUACAUACUUCCCUUAGGAAAUAUUCGAAAACAUUUGAUUAACUUUUAUCAGUCGCUAACGACGCACAAUUAUAUUAAUCGCUCAAGCCGGAUGAAACUGAUCAGGACAUAAAAACCUGGAUGAAAAAAAAUCUAAUAAUAAAAACACGGCCGCCCAUAAAGUUGGAAUAAUUUUGUUUUUAGACACAAUCCUCUGUUAGUUGUGGUUUCAUUUUCAUUGUGAUAUGUUUGGAAGAGACUGGUUGUUAAAGUUUUGAGAAGAUAUACACUUUUUAUGUCAAUAAAUCACAUUGUCACAAUCUUUUCAUGUAUAUCAAUUUUCAUCACAAGAAAACCCCAGAUCAACUAACUUGGAUUCCUUCCCGAAACUUUUUGUGUCUCUCUUAGUCACUUUCCCCCUCUCCUUCCUCACAGAUGAGGGACAGUUUUCUCUUUCUUAAAUAUGAUUUGGUGUUCCCUAUCCAAGAUGUGAUAUGUGUAAGUGUUAUGUCACACAUCUGUGGUUACAGUGGUAACAGUAAGGGUGGUUUAAUAGUUCAAGUUUUCAAAACGACUAGAUCCUUCUGCUCCCCUUUUCCAAAAACUCAAGAUAAUGACAAUUUUUCAGAUCAAUAUAUACCAAAUAUGCAUUUUUAUCUUUAAAUAUAUGUAUAUUCCAAAUUCCAUUCCUAAAGCUUUCAGUGAAUAUUUCCAUGGCAACUCACAAUUACGUAAGUACAAUAUUAGACAAUUAACAAGAUUACACCCGCCUCACUAUCGUACUACAUUUGGGCAAUUUUCCUUAAAAUACAGAGGAACAAUACUCUGGAAUUAUCAAUUUAAUAGUUCAAUACAGUUUUUCUCUCUGAAUUUAAACAAGAGCAAUUUAGUGGCUGCUCUGAUUGCUCAGGUCACUAAGUAGUACACACACACUUUUGUUUUAUUUUACUUUUAAUAUUAUAAUUUUACGACAUUUUUAUGUCAUUAUUUUUUUUCUAUUUGAUAGUUACUUGUUUUAAUUUAACUUGUGAAUUUUUUAAAUACAGGUAGAGGCCGUGUAUAAGCCUUUUUGGGUUUCUUGCCGCUACCUUGCACCUUCAUUUUGU